CUGCAUUUGGACUUGCUUGACGCUAGCCCAGCAUGCUCGCUUUUAGUCCUGCAGAGAAUAAAGUGUACAGUGCCCUUGUAACCUGUCAGAAAUCAGAGGUGGUACAGUCGGUUCCGGAGCACCAGCAGAGGAGAGAGGGUAGGAGUGUCCGGCUUAGAGUGUCACAAUUCAGGGACGUCAGGAAGCUUGCCCCCGCCUCCCAUUAAUGAUCCCCGGCAUGUGGAACUGCGUUCUCCUUGAAUGACCUACACACAACCUAUUGCACGAGUCCUGGACGUCGUUUCAUCUCAGUUGAACCACCUGCCGGAGAGGAGCUGCAGCGGGCGGUCUACACAGCGGGCAACAAGUCGAAGCGAGUCUCUGGCAGGCCUCGAGCCAACUGUGGAGCAGCUGACCUGGACAACAAUCAUUUCGGGGGGCAGCCUCAGAAGGACCGGACAAGAGCUACAAGUUUCAGAGUCAGCGUUCAAUGCUUGAGGCCGACAAUUAAGGAGAAGGGGCAGUGCAGAAUUUCUCGAGGGUAUCGGCGUUCACAUGAUGUACACAAUCACCAGAGGUCCCAGCAAACUCGUUACACAACGGAGGACAGGUAACACUCAGCAGGUCGAGAGCAAGUUCGGCGACUUGAAACUGAAGCCGACGUCCUGGCUCACGUCAAACUCUCCUCCUCCAAAGAUCGUGUUCAAUCGCCUCAACGGGAAACGGUACCACAGUGCGGCCGCACAGAAGACUGAAAGCCCAGUGGAGGGAUUCACUCCUGCACACGAGGAGAAUGUCCGAUUUGUAUACGAAGUGUGGCAGGAGGUGGAGCAGAAGCUGGAGGACGGCGGCAGAGGGGAGCUGGCUGGCAGCCAAGGGCCCGUUCAGUACUCCGAGAAGACCCCGAGUGCUGCGAUGAAGAACUUUGUGCCCAUAGACCUGGAGGAGUGGUGGGCUCAGCGCUUCCUUGCCAACAUUGCCAACCUCCCAUGACUGUGAUGAGGCAUCGAGCCGGGACGAGGAGAUGCACCGCGCUGAUGCAUCCGGAACUUGCCACACGGGUGGAAAGGAGGCGAGCCCGUCUCCGGGAUGUGUAGCGUUGUGUCUAAUUUGGAAUGUGAUUUGAUGCCUCGUGCUUCACAACUGCUGUCGAGAAACCUGAGUGCACAACGAUGCAAACGCAGCGACCUGACUGGGAACUCUUGACAGCAUUGACUUUAUGUUGUGCUGCUCUAACGGAUCUCUCUCUCUCCCCCUCUCUCUCUCUCUCUCUACUUGAAUGAUGUAUCAGAAGCUAUGAGAUCUUCCCCUUGUUCAACAACCUGCUUCCUUUCUCAAGUGUGUUCAGCUCUGCGAGCAUCUUGGUUAAUCUUUGGAUAAGGAAAAACAAAAAAAACCACACAAUGUCUUUUCAACAA